AUGUUCGCUCGUCAGGCUCUCCGUUCCACCCAGGCUGCGGCCCCCCGCUUCUUCUCCACCUCGGCCGCCAACAACCGCGCCGUCGCCGUCCUCGGCGCCUCGGGCGGAAUCGGACAGCCCCUCUCGCUCCUCCUCAAGCAGAACCCGCUCGUCAGCGACCUCCGUCUCUACGAUGUUCGCCUCGCCCCCGGUGUCGCCGCCGACAUCUCGCACGUCAACACCCCCUCGACCACCACCGGCUUCCAGGCCGACGAGCUUGACAAGGCCCUCAAGGACGUCGAGGUCAUCGUCAUCCCCGCCGGUGUCCCCCGCAAGCCCGGCAUGACCCGUGACGACCUCUUCAACACCAACGCCUCGAUCGUCCGUGACCUUGCCAAGAAGGCCGCCGAGGUCGCCCCCAAGGCCCACCUCCUCAUCAUCUCCAACCCCGUCAACUCGACCGUCCCCAUCGUCGCCGAGGUCUUCAAGAAGGCCGGCGUCUACGACCCCAAGAAGCUGUACGGUGUCACCACCCUCGACGUCACCCGCGCCUCGACCUUCCUGUCCGGCAUCUCGGGCAAGAAGCCCGCCGACACUGUCGUCCCCGUCGUCGGUGGCCACUCGGGUGUCACGAUCGUCCCCCUCCUCUCGCAGGCCAACGGCGGCGACGCCGUGGCCAAGGGCGAGCAGUACGAGAAGCUCGUCCACCGCAUCCAGUUUGGCGGUGACGAGGUCGUCAAGGCCAAGGACGGUGCCGGAUCGGCCACGCUCUCGAUGGCCUACGCCGCCGCCGUCUUCUCCGACUCGCUCCUCAAGGCCCUCAACGGCGAGAAGGGCGUCAAGGAGUGCGCCUACGUCGAGUCGCCCCUCUACAAGGACCAGGGUGCCACCUUCUUUGCCAGCCCCGUCACCCUCGGCCCCAACGGCGUCGAGGAGAUUCACCCCGUCGGCAAGGUGAGCGCCGAGGAGGAGAAGCUCCUCGAGGCCGCCAUCCCCGAGCUCGCCAAGAACAUCAAGAAGGGCGCCGAGUGGUACGCCUCGAACCCCUAA